AAGAACCAAACCAGAAACCAAAGACUCUUCAGAAAAAGCUCACUUUGAAAUUCAAACGCAAUGUGUGAAUCCUUAAAGAACAACUACCAGCUCUGUGAAGUGAUCGGCAGCGGCAAAUUCGGCACAAUCUCUCGCUGUUUUUCACCCUCUUCAAACUCUUUCUUCGCCUGUAAAGUCAUCGACAAAACUCUUCUCACUGACCCUUUGGAUCGUGAGUGUUUACAGAACGAACCAAAAUUUAUGACCCUUUUGUCCCCGCAUCAAAAUAUCGUUCAAAUCUACGACGUUUACGAAACGGAUGAGUUUCUUUCCAUUGUUAUGGAGCUCUGCGAACCCGUUACUUUGUACGACGAGAUCUUGCGGGGUCCCAUGUCGGAGCCACGUGCGGCCGUGUACAUGAAACAGUUGCUGUCGGCGCUGGCGCAUUGCCACCGGUUCGGUGUUGUUCACCGUGAUAUUAAGCCGGAGAACGUUUUCCUUGAUUCGAGGAACAAGAUAAAGCUUGGGGAUUUCGGGUCGGCGGAUUGGCUUGGGGAGGUGGGGACCACGAGCGGGCUUGUGGGGACGCCGUAUUACGUGGCGCCGGAGGUGGUGAUGGGGGUGGAGUAUAAUGAGAAGGUGGAUGUGUGGAGUGCUGGUGUCGUUUUGUACACGAUGUUGGCUGGGAUCCCUCCGUUUUAUGGAGAGACGGCUGCCGAGAUUUUUGAGGCUAUUAUUAGAGGGAAUUUGAGAUUUCCAACCAGGAUUUUCCGUUCAGUUUCGUCGGCGGCUAAAGAUUUGUUGAGGAAGAUGAUCUGUAGAGACGCGUCUAGGAGAUUCUCUGCCGAACAAGCUUUGAGACACCCUUGGAUCCUAAACGAAGGAGAAACAGCUCCAAUGGACUGAUGUGAAUACUGUUUACCCAAGAAAAUAAAAAAUAAAAAAUCAGGACAAAAAAAAAACUGUUGUAGCAUAACUUAUCAGUGCUGAUUACUGUACAUAUUACUCCUAUCAGCCCCAGGAAGAGAUUCCAUUUUCUUCUCUACAGGACAAAACUCUGAUGGAUGGUUCCAGAAAUUCCAGUGCUUUUUUUACCAGGCCAAUGCCAGAGGAAGAGUAAAAGAGAAGAUGCCCACAUGGGUCUCUGCCUCAAAAGGCUGAAAGUACUUUGUUUCUCUUUAAUGUUGUGAAGAGAAUCCGAGAGCUUGUAGAUAGAUAGAAGGCAGAGAAAUUUACAGUUUUUCUCCGCCUUUGCUUUGUUUACAUUAGAGUUAAAGGAAGUGAGAAAGCUGAGAAGUUUGUAGUUUUACUACCACUACUGCUACUUGUACAAGUUGAUGAGUAAAAAUAAUACUAGCAUGUGAAGGUUUUGUGA